AUGGUCGUCAAAGAGAGUGAUGGUGUCAAUGAAGAUGAACAUAGCAAAGUGCAUCUCUUUACUAGCUAUCUCCACACUAUGAGGAACGUCUCAAUCAGAUUCAUUACUUUUUGGUGUAGGAUUGUGUGCCCUGGUGAAGGUCUUCCUCCUGAACUUGUUCAAGACAUGUUUCAUAGCAGUCGAUGGGUUUCUCAGGAAGGCUUAGGGUUGAGUAUGUGCAGGAAAAUUUUAAAGCUUAUGAAGGGUGAAGUCCAAUAUAUCAGAGAGUCAGAAAGAUGCUAUUUCUUAAUUAUCAUUGAGCUUCCCAUGCCUCAGAGAGGCGAAAAGAAUGAAAGCUAG